AUGCGAGCUCCGAAACAAGAACCCUUUUCCGAGAACGAUGAUAACGCUGAAAACCAGACGCUUCCUCAUUUUCCGAUGGCCUCCACGACGUCAAAUGACCACGCGCGCCUCCUUUGCCGCAUCAAAACCGAGCCAGUCAACGACGACCUGGAGCCGCUGCAGAAAAGGAUGCGACUUUCCGGGGGCACCAACCCAAAUUUUAGCAACUUUGGUGUUUGCGCUGCGGAUGGGCCCACGACAUCGGGACGCAACUUUUGGAGUCCGUUGGCGGAAGCGGAAGACAAUUUCGAAGAUGGGGAUGCGUUGAACCUCGAUUCAUCGCAGUUCGAUUCAAAGGACGAGCAAAUAGCUCAGCUAAGCCAGCUCUGCGAAUCGAAAGAUGUCAUGAUCAAGUCGCUGCUCGAGCAAAUGCAGCAUAUGCAGCAGGCGAAUGAUGAAAAAGUGCGCGCCUUGGAUUGGGAGAUCGAGCAACUGAAGCGUCGUCUCCAUGGCCCGGUCCAAGAUAUUGCUAUAUCGCGCCCUGCGAUGAAAAAGCCCAAAGAAGAACCGCCCGACAUUUUGGGGAAAAAGAAAGAGAUAGGCCCGAAGGGAGCUGCGCCUCACUCCGAGAUUUCUCAACUGCCAUCGCUCAACGAACUGCCCAUCGCAACGGUGCGCUCACAGCGAGGAAAGCCGCGAUACUACGAUUCGGCCGGAUACGAGUACUGCAUCGGAAAGACGAACUCGCAUGGAGACACCUUCUUCCGGACGCUUCAGCGUACGACUGAGGCGACAGGGAUGAAGGAGUGGCCAGCCGAGGUCGAUGUAACCUUAUUAGAUGCUCCCUUCCUCAGAAAAGACAACUGCGCACAAUUUCCGGCGCCGGAUUCCGAGGCUUUCAAGCUCUUCUAUACGGAUUAUGGCCGAAAGCUACUCGAAACGGAAAAAGUGUGGUCGUUCGACGGUACGGUCGUCAGCGCCCCUGAAGGCUUCCAGCAAGUCCUCGUCAUCGGUGUUCAGAAAGCCCAUCUCACCAUCCCUGCCGCCUUCGCUUUCGUUACUACAGAGGAAGCCGUCAGCUACCGGAAGGUAUUUGAAGAAUUAUACCAACUUCCCGGGAUCAGCGCGCCCGAUUACAUAAUGUCAGACCUGGUGAAAAAUCUUCGAAGCGGGUAUCAGGAAGCUUUCGAGCAUCCGGUGACGCAUUUUAUGUACUGUGGCUUCCACUACAUACAGCUGAUCAUUUCAAAAAUACAGAAAUGUGGACUAUCCGAGCUACUCUGUGACCCUGGCCUCGAGUUGUAUGUCCGGGGCCUGCUCCUCCUUGCCUUCAUCCAACCAUCCGACGCCAUCCGCUAUUUCGAAGAGCUUCGGGAUGAAGCUUUCACAAAAGUCCCACACAACUUUCAUCCAUCUUUAAUAGAGCUCUACAAUUUCUACGCGGAACACUUCAUCGGCUCCGCGGAUCCGGACGAUCCAGCCCUGCGAACGGCUCCCAUCUACAAAAUUGAGGAAUGGAAUCUACAUGAGCGCGUCUGUCACGACUGGCAUCUGGGAAUUUCUACGCUCGAAGGGUUUAAUGUCCGACUAAAGCCUCUCGCCAAACCCGCGUCGGCGCACCGCGUGGCGAUGGAGCUGCUCAAGUUGGCGAAGCGGUACGAGGAGAAGGAGCUACAGGCUCAACAACUAUCGCUAAACCAUAGUGGCGCUUUCUCCGUGAUCUCUUUGUUG